AUGCCCGUCAAUACGAUUUCUGUGGGCGCUGCUGUUACGCCCACCAUUAUUCAGACAUAUCUCUCACAUUACCUCAACCGUCGGCCCUUGUCGCAGAAGCCUACAGCGCACAUAUCCUACCACGAAGGCCUCGAGCUCAUUCGCCGUUUCCUCCACUAUGCCUCACUACAUACUGUCGAUGAAUUGCAAGUAUUCACCUCGCAGUGGGUCCCGGUUCCGCGCUGGGUACAUGUAAAUGAAGUGGAAAUCUCAAGCCGUCUGUUACAGCGUUCUGCCGAGCUCAUUUCCGCUCAAUUAGGCCCCAAAGGCAUCAAGGCCGUUGGAGGAGAACAAUGGUGGCAGUGGCGGCGCGAGGGAACCACACUAAAGGCAGAAUGGAUUGAGAUGCGCAAGGAUUAUGAGGCGAGAAAGCAAUUGGCAAUUCACAAGGGCGAUCGUAUCAUGCUAUACGUUCAUGGCGGUGCCUACUUCUUUGGCAGUGUAGAUGAGCAUCGCUAUCAAAUGCAAAGACAUGCACGCAAACUCAAAGCUAGGGUUUUGGCCCCAAAAUACCGGCUUGCGCCACAAUUUCCGUUUCCAUGCGGUUUGCAUGACUGUUUGGCCGUAUACCUCUACCUUCUCGAAGAGAGGCAUGAUCCGACUACCAUUAUUCUUGCCGGUGACUCCGCGGGCGGAGGAAUGGUCUUGAGCAUGCUGGUAACGCUGCGUGACCAAGGCAUACCUCUACCCGCAGGAGCGAUCUUGAUUAGUCCUUGGGUUGAUCUGACGCAUAGCUUUCCAAGUCUAGGUGGCGACGGCAAGAUGGAUUAUAUCCCGCCUCACGGGUUCUUACAUAAACCUAGCAUCAGUUGGCCACCUCCAAAUGCAGACGACAUGCUUGAAAUCGAAACAUCGGCAAAAGGAGGAACUGAGAAGGAUGACGAGACAAAGAAGGCCAAAGACCGCGAAGAAACCAAAGACCAAAAAGCAGACCGCGUACGCGGAUUCUCCGUCACCUCCAACGAUCGUCCUGUCCUCGAAAAUGGCUCGAAGCCUUCUGGUACGGGCCAUGACGCCGAUGUUUGGAUCUCGCCCGACGGCAAGUACAGCGUAGGACCAAAGAGUCAGCUUUCGGUGCAGCUCGAAGAUGUGCGAGUCGAGAUUAAGGAUCAGAUCCAGUUGUACACUCCCAACCACAUGUUGACACACCCUCUGAUUUCACCAGCUCUGCAACCAACACUCGGGGGCCUACCGCCUUUGCUGAUUCAGACAGGAGGUGGUGAGCUACUUAGAGAUGAGCAGAUCUACCUUGCCCACAAAGCUGCACAACCACUCGCCUACAUACCACCGCCGUCCAAUAACCAAACUGCAGAAGAGAUUCAGGCUCAAGUAGCCAACUACAAACCAACCAAUGUUCAACUCCAGGUCUGGGAUGACUUAUGCCAUGUGUGCCCCACUCUCAGCUUUACGCGGCCAGCCAAACACAUGUACCGCAGUAUUGCUCAGUUCGGUGCCUGGGCACUUGCACGUGCACAAAAGAAGUCCAUUGACAUACUCGACGACGACGAGAUUUCCUAUCUGAGUAGUGAUUCAAGCUCUUCAUCAGAAUCAGAAAGAGCUGACCCAGAUGUUUCAUCCAAUGGUGCAAACACAUCGAAUGCGAAUGCUCCACAGAAUGAUUCGACAACUGAAAAGAAGGGAGAGGCGGAAGCUCGCGUGGGCAGAGCUGGUGACCCGAUUCCGCCUUUCGAAAAUCAUAUGAUUCGUCAACGCGUUGACAGACAUGGGCGAAUCUAUCCACUCGCCGCCAAGGAAGACCUCCCUGCUCUCAAUAUUCCCAGCACUGAUGUUGGCGUGCCAAAAACGGGCCCCGUGAGCAAAUGGAUGAAGGCACAGACGCAGUGGAAUUCGAAGUUUGCAAAGCAGAAGAUCAAGAUCCAGAAGCAGAGGAUCGAGGAUAUGCGAAGAGGUUUCGAGGGCUUUGAUGGAGAAACACCACCCCCUACAGCCCUCGCUGGAAGACGGGUCAAGGGAAUGAAGAAUGAAAAGGCUAAAAAGAAGAGUUGGGGCCUGUCAAUGUGGUCUAUCUGGGGCAGUUCACAUGAUCAAGCUACCAUUGUACGAGAAGGAAAAGCAGAGCAGGGUACUGCUGAGCCAACAAACACUGUGCAAGCUCCACAGGCUUCAGAUACAGAUGGUGCAACGGAAAGCAAGUCCAAGCGAAGCCGUACAACUGGACUAUCCAUGCCGAAUUUCAAACGCGCGAGGUCACGCUCUCGCGUUUCGGCUGUUACCGAUCGGGGCCAGGCCGACAUGGCCAUGGACGAUCUGUCCCAGAUGGACCUACCAAAACCCGGGCUUGCCGACGCAACAAGACUGGCACCUGAGCGUGCUGCAUCGGGCCUACCAUCGCUCACUGUCGAACAAGAUCAUCAGACCUCCACGCCGAAUGUCAUAGCCUCAGACAACCCUGCAUUACCCAGUACCAUCAUUCCCAGUACUGAUACCCUGACGACACGCCCUACAGCAGGUGGCAUCGCGUAUCCAUUCCGUCUCAAGGUCGAUGGAGCAGAAGGAAGAGACGUCAAUGCUAGCACGGUUACACUUGCCAGCGUAAACAUUACUACACCCCCGCCUCGAGAUUCAAACGAGUUUGAGAAACAGCUUGGGAAUCCUGCAUCAAUUUCCGAGACCAUGGAUGAUCAAGUGCAAAAGGAGCAGGGAAAGGAAAGUAAGCACAGUUCAAGCACCGGAAAAGGGGCGGGACUUUUUAGCGAUGGAGUCGAAAGACCAGAGUCCGACGAGGAGAAGAAGGUGGAGCGCCCGCCUGUAGAGAGAUUUGAGACCGCAAAAGAAGACCUCAGUGCUCUUGCUGCAGGCGAUGCGAAGUUGUAA